CUCGUCCAUCCACCGUUCACCGACACGAUCCCCGCUGACCCCCGCUGACCCCUGACAGGGCACGAGCGGUCCACCGACGAAACGACUCCGCCACCAAUACGACCCUAACACACUCACCGCUUAAUAACGUAUGUGAGCUCGACUGCAAGGUUGACAGUGGAGACGAACUGUGCCUUCGAUAGUUUGAAUUAAAUGUUAAGAACCGCCUCGUGUUAGGCCACCGGCGCCGAAAUCAGGAUGUCCGAAGGAGACGUGUCGCUGAUACGCGACGAAGACGUUCUACGGCGAAUGUGGCAACAAACGGAGGACUUCUCACGUAAGAAAGAGAUCCGCGCUCACAUGUACCGGCUCCGAGAGGAGAGGCUGAGGAAUCUCUACUCGCCCGACCCCGGUGCCGCCGCUAAAGGUUGUGACUUUACAUCCACGCAAGGACACGUGAAGUCGUUCGCGGACCAGAGCUUCCAAUCCAUGAAGAGUAAGGAAGUGCGAGACGCGGGCUCUCCGCCCAAGGAGUUCACUUACAGCGGCCAAGAACUGGGGGACCUCUCCAACGCUGGCUGGAAUGUCGAAUCUGAAAACAGAACCUCCGAUGACGGCCACACGCACAUAAAGUCAGUUAACGCGAACAUCGAGGGCACGUAUGACGUCGACGGAGGACGGGGACAGUUUGCUGCAGUCGAUAACAAUAAAGAAGCCGUUACUGAAUAUGACGACGGAAAUACCAGUUUGAGACGCAAAGAGAACGUUUCUAACACGGCAGCUCAUGAACAAGUUGUGCGUAAAACUGAUGAUGGAACUCAUUUUUCUUCAACGACAAAAUCUUCGUCCUCUUCUUCUAAGUACGAACAGAUAUCCUCCAAACAUGAGACGGUUCCGUACGAAAUAAAAGAUGACUAUGAUCUACAGUCACAAAAAUCGUAUGAUAUUCAUCGUGGUGAUGAAGUUACCGAUACAAAUACCAAUAGGUUUACAAAAUCUAAUUUAACUUCUCAAAACUUAUCAUCUGAUUAUGAACACGCAGAAUUAGUUUCCAGAAAAGUCGAAUAUCCGGAUGAAAACACGAAGGUUAUCGUGGAAACGAGAUGUCUACCUGAUGGAACAAAAGUGACCAGCACCCGUCGGGAGUUCCGAGCUCCGGCAGUACAGACCAGCCGCAGUGAGCACCGGUCCCAAAACACGAGAACUGAAAGUAAAUCCUCUACAUAUGAGUCAACACAAAAACGAUCACAAGUUAACGAGACAAUGUCUAAAUACUUUCAUGAAGAUAUUGAUAAUAAACAAAACGAUAUUGUAGAAACACAAAGAAAUAUUGAUGAGUUUGAUUUUAAAAGAAAUAAAGACAAUCAAGACAUGAUGAGCAAUAACGAUAAACUGUAUAAAACUAACCGCAACAUUGAUGAAUCAACAAACCUACAAAGAGAAAUACAUACAACAGAUAAUGGUGACAGCACUCAACCUGAUCCUCAUAAAUACAACAGUGUAAUAAGCAAUGUCCAAGAACGAGAGAAUAUUGCCAUUCGGAAAAACAUAGUGGAAGAAAGACAAAUAGAAAAGUCAACAUAUCAAACAGAGUAUUCACUAAGAAAAAUAAGCGAUGAUCUGAGUCCUGCCCACCAAGCCUGGGCUAGUACUCUUCGUUCCGAUACACCAUCAAGACCUUCUACGAGGGCGACAUCUCCGGGAAGUAAAACAUUCAAGUCUAGUACAUCGUCGCUACGAAGUAGCGUUAGCCCUGACAAAAUCAAUUAUAAACCAUCUAGCCGAGGUAACAGCCCAAAUAAAGUCAAUAAAACUAUUAAUAUCAACAAUAUUGUUGAAAGUCAUUCCUCCACAAACUCUACUAAAACAACCGAUAAACAUACUACCAGAUAUGCUAGUCCGGAUCGAAAGCCAUCUAGAUCAAGCAUUUCACCUGAAAAAAAUUAUACUCCACAUAGAUCUAGUCUUAGCCCAGACAAGAUAAUCAAAUCCGACAGACCAAAGUCACCUGUAAAACAAAACCUUAAAGAAAAGUCUCCUUCAAGGUCAACAACAAGUCCAGAAGGAAGACCUACUCCAAAAAUUUCUCGUCCACGAUCCGUAUCGCCCCAGAAACAGAAUAUCAUAGAAGAAACUGAAAUUGAUACUGAUUAUUCUACGCAUAAUAGAAACGCAACUGCAAACGAGACAUACUUUAAGGAAACACAUAGAAGUCCAAGUCCUAAAACAAGAAAGAACAAAUCCAUGUCGCCGGAACCGGAAGCUAUAACGGUUAAUUCUUCAAACAAUGAACCUAAUUAUAUGAGACCAUCAGCUGCCAGCAAACCAAAAUCAACUUCUACUACGAAUAAUAUCACAUCACAAAGCCCAGAACUUAAGUCGUUUGAAACUAGAACCAAUGAAAUGACUAAAGAACACUAUAAGUUUAUAGAUGAAGAAACAAAAAUGUACACUCGAAACGCUGCUGAACGAAUUGAAAAUAUAACAACAAAAGUUCAAAAAUCUAAAACAUCUAAAGAACAGAGUCAAAAUGUGCCAGAAAAUAUAAAAAUGCGUAAACAAUCGCCUAGCCCUGAUAAACAGUGCGACCCAAAUGAUGUUCAAAAUGAGUUUGUUGAAUCUGAACCACUAAAAAAGGAACAUAAAGAUGUAUCGUCUAAAAGUAAGACUCCUACUAGAAGUUUAUCUCCGGAAAAAGUAGCUAAAAGGGAUCAAUCUCCUUUAAAAGACGAACGGAUAUUAGAAAAAAGUAGGAGUCCUUCUCCUCAAAAAAAAAUUCCUAAAAGUGAUUCUGAUUUAAAAACUAAAAAGGUAUUAGAACCUAAUAAAACUGAAGCUCUCGAAAACGAGGGCAUUAAAGAGCCGAUUAAAUCAAAAACACCUUCAAGAAAUACAUCUCCUGAAAAGAAUAUAAAAACAAAUGAUAAACCAUCCACAACUUCUCCCAGUUCAAAAGUAAAAAGCCCUUCACCAAAUCGAUCCAUUGCCACUACCGUGAAUUUUAACAUCAAACAAGAAACACAUGUUUCAGAUUCUUUAGAUGUAACUAUUAAAAAUGAUACAUUAGACAACUCUGUCACUAAUACCUGUGAUAUAACUACGGGAAACCAAGUAGACAGACCUACUAAAUAUCAACAACCAAGAGACCUAUCUCCGAAAAAGAACUUUGGAACUGGUUUACCAGAGGUUCCUCGCCGUAACUCAAAGAGUCCUUCACCAUAUCGUCGACUGUCUCCUUCAAAGGAUAUAUGUAACCAACAAGACCUUCAAAGACAAAAUAAUCGCGAUAAAAAUAGUGAAAUUGAAACAGAUUUAACAAGAACUGAUGUAAAAAAUAAAGGUGAUAUUAGAUCUGUUUCUCCACAAAAAAAUACAAAUAAAUCUCCUCGAAGUGUUUCUCCUCAAAAGAAUAUGAAAGAAACAAGUUUUAGAGAUACCAAGAAUUUUAUUGAUAUAGAAAAGCAAAACGAGGAAGUAAACAAAAAGACAUUAAGAGAACGUCCAAGACAACUUAUAACUCCUUCAACAAGUCCUAGUAGAAAACCUAAAUAUAAUGAUAAUUCCCCAUCCUCUGAACAAAGCUCUCCCACAACUUCCGCAAGUGGUUUUGUUUAUUUUGGCUCUCCAGGUGUUGAAAACAAAAACGUUCGGGAUGUUGAAAGUCACACAUAUCACUCAGCUAAUAGAGAAGAAAUAAAUAAUGAAUUAACUACACAAACCACGACAUCUAGGAUUCCUUGUAGAUCACCAUCGCCUGAAAAACGGCCAUCUGUUAAGGAAAGCCUUCCCCGUAAGAGCUCACUUAAGAAGCCUUCUUAUCCACAAAUAUCGCCCACGGAAAAACCACCGUCAAGUUUUCUUGUUUCACCUAAUAUAGAAAAUAAAGAUUUUACAGAACAUAAAGUAACUAUAAAGGAUCAACCCGAUGAGAAAGUGAAGGAUAUCAAACAAAAACCUCCAUUUGAAAGAAGAGAAACUUAUGAAGAGCGAUGCCGAAAAAUACUAGGCAUGAUGAAUACAGAUUCCUCAAAUACUGAAAUUGAGAAACAAAAGGAGUUUGAUUCUACCAACAGUUCACCAAGUGUGUCUCCCUGUCGUAGUCCGUCUUCUGAAAAAGAAACAUCUGAACAUUUCAAAAAACCUACUGUUGUACAUGAACAACAACAAAUGGACACCAAAGAAAGAGAAGAGCGUAAAAUUACAAUUUCGGAACAAGAAAACAUUACAACUUCUAAAAGUUUACCUAAAAAAAUGACACCUAGUGUUGGAAAAAUUGAUAAAAUGAUUUUACAAACCAACGAAUAUGAUGUUGUUACAAAAAGUUCUUUACGAGACGUUACACCCUCAACCGAUAAAACUAAAAUUAACCCAAAUGAUAUGAAACCAAAAGAUUGUGAACUAAAACUUACUCCUAAGAUAAUUCCAGACACUUUAAAAUCUACUAAAUGUGAUAACUUGUCAGGCCAACCUAAUCCUGUACUGAAGACAAUUAACCAUGUUCAGGAACUUGAGAGAGAACCUAAACCAGUUUUAGACAAGGGUUUGAUAACAUCUGGAAGUCCUGGUAAAGACAAAAAGAAUGAAAUUACGGCUGAAGACAAUAGUACACACAAAGAAAAUAUGUACCCAGAUAUAAAAGAUGAUUUUGAAUUAAAACCUACAUCACUAAGUUCGACUUCCAUACAAAGAAAGGAGAAAGUUGAUACCCAGAAAACAUAUGACUUAAUUGAAAAAGAAAAAGAAGUAAUGGAAAAAAUACAAAAUUCUUUAAGAAAACUCUCUCCAGUACGUAAUCAGAAAAAGGAUCAUGAUACCAUCACUGAAUCAUCUUGUUCUUUAAAGAGCUUAGAUAUUGAAUCUAAAAAUGUUGAAACUAAUUAUGUCUUAUCAAGUGACUGUGAAGAAAUAGUGAAGGAGAAAAAAAUAAGUAAAAAUGACAGUGAUAUAGAAAAUAAAAGACCAAAACCUCAAAAACUGUCAGGUAAGCCCCCAUCUAGAAAUGUCUCACCUACAAAAAAUAAUCUUAAUUCUUCUCCCGUAUCACCAAAAAAACCACUGUCUCCGAUAGAAAGGCCAAAAUCUCCGCAGGUUCCAAAAACAAAUAAGCUCAAACCAAAAGAUCAGGGAACUGGAAUCACACGUAAAACAAAUCUUACAUCUCCAACGAAAUUAGACAAAUCUGUUAUCUCAGAUACUAAAAAAGUUUUACCAAAUAAGCAAGUAAUUUAUGGAAAACCAUCCACAGAAAAAACAACUCCUAGCAAAACAGUACAAAGUUCCCUCUAUAAAAAUACGGAGCAAGAAGUUAAGCGUGCGGCUACUCCAAAGACUGUAGCUAGAGAUGUUGGGAAAAAAGAUUUAAAUUCAAAAUUUGAUAGAACUUCAAGUGACACUAAUCUUAAAACAAAGAAAACAUCCUCUCAAAGGCCGAAAACUAGACCUGAUAUUCAAGUCAACGAUAUAAGUGCGCCUAGAAUUGUAAAACAAACGUCCAUACCAAAAAGUCCAAAAUCGUCUAAUUAUCACACACAAACAAAAUUACCUUCAAAUAAACCCAAAUCUGCCACAACUUUAAAUACAACCAUCGAUGACGAUGACGUAAUUAUUGAUGUUCAACAAGCCAAGUCAUCGCGUGAAAAUUCCCCUGACCGUAUUUGCCCAACACCAAUAGGAUUUUCAGAGGAUGAUGGAUCGCCUAGAUUCCCUGAUGAAGUCAACGAACCUGAUGAUGAAACACAGAAAAGGACCUACCAAACAAUUCACGAAACUGAGUCUUUAGUCGACGAUAUAGUAGAAAUAUGUGAAGAUGAAGAACUUUUUGUUAAGAAGACGGAUGUAAAUGAUAUGAAUGAAACUGAGAAUAACGUUCUUCGUGUCAGUGACAAUGUAUCUCAAUUAACCGAAAAAAUAGUAAACGUUAAUAAAGCGAAAUAUUCUACAAAACUAUUUAAGGAAACCGAAAAAGAUAGUCAUUUCGACGAUUUAGAUGAUAAGUUAAAAUCUGAUGAUUGUUUACUAUCCGUAUCCGAAAAAGUUAAUAAAUUUGCUAGAGGAAGAGUAGACAUAAAAGAUAACAGAAGUCCAUCUCGGAAUAUUACAGAUGAAUAUGAUAAGCAUACGACCUAUCAAGAUGAUUACACAAAGUUAAGUGUAAAUGAUAAAGCUCACUUGUUUAUCGAAACUGCAGAGAAUGUAAAAGUAACAAAACCUAAAUCCGUGCAGAAAAUUGAACGUCCCAACCUUAGCGACGUAGAUGAUGAAUUAAAAAAAGACGACUGUCUAUUAAGUGUAUCUGAUAAAGUAAAUAAAUUUGUGAGAACUGCAGAACAGUUUUUAAGCGAAACGCACGAGACAGAAGAGAAAGAAAAGAAAAUACUAGAAGAACAUGAAAAAAUUAUGAAGAAAAUAAUUGGUAACAUUGAUGAUAAUUCGUCGGAACUACAUAGAGAAAAAGAUGAAGUUGACGAGACAUUAAAGGAUAGCAUUAAAGGAGCUACUGCAAUUCCUUCAAAAAUUAAAAAUCUUGACUACACAAACCAAACUCCCUCUAACAAAGAACCUGCGGUAAAAAUAACAACAUUACGUAGCAGUGAAGCAGUUAAAAAGGCUAAAGCUUUGUUUGAAAAUAUAUCAUCAACAAGCCAAAAAGUAAAAGAAUCAUCUAAAACACCUCCUAAGUCGCAUACAGUAUUAUCCAAAAAAGUUGCGAAACCUGAAUCACCAGUUAUCAAACCUUCAGCAGAUAAUAAUAUUAUUACCAACGAAACAGACAAUAUUACUGUCAAAGUUGUUGAUAAAAAGAAUAAAGAAGUUAAAACUGUUGAAUAUGAAAAAACUUCUCAAAAUAUAGAAGAUCAAGCAGGACCAAUAAGUUCUGACAGAAUUCACACAAAAUCUCCCUCGCGUGUUAUUACCGACACUACUUCAGUAGUUACUAAAGUUUAUAAAAAUACUACUAAGCAGACACAUCCCGAGAAGCUUGAUAAACCUAUUGACAAAGUACCAGGUUACCAACGCCCAACAAAAACGACUCAAAGCAAGGAAGAGCCAAAGGUUGUUGAAGAUAAUGAAGUUAGUAGCCGACGUGGCAGUGGAAAAUUUGGUGUUGAACUUCGCAGAACAAGCACAGAAAGAACCAGUAGCAGUGAGCGUCGCCGUAGUAGUAUUGAACAUCAUCAGCCCUGUAUAGAAGAUAUCUACGAUGUAGACCUCCUAGAACAAAUGUUGGAAAAAGUCGUAGGUUAUGAACAGAGGCGGCGAAUCAGAGCUCAAAUACGUGUGGCAAAGAAACAAACUGAAACAUCCACAAUAUCUAAAACAAAACAUAUUGUACCUAAAAUAACCAAAACUAAAUCUCCUGAUCGUCCCGGUAACAGAUCACCAGAUAGAAAAAUGCCUACUGAAAAACAUAAAUCUCCUGAAAGACACGCAAAGUCACCUUUACCAAAAGGUACGUCUCCUGAACGUGACGUAAGGACGAAACACCAAAUUACUGCGUCAUCUAAAAGCGACAAUGACAAGAUUAUUGAACACGAAAAAACUACGUUACGAGAUACGCCACAGAGAACACAUAGCCCUGACAAAUUAUCUCCUAAAUUAUCAAGAAACUCCAAAAGCCCUAUGCGCCAACCCAGUCCAGACAAACGAUCCAGACCCGUCUCUCCCACUAAGACACCAACUCAUACAGUCAAACCAAAAUCUAAUCGCUUUAACGAUUAUGCGUCAGCGUACAUGAAAAAAGUAGGCAUUAAUAAUUCUGAAAAAUUAAAAGACGCUAAAUCUAAGAAAACUACAUCUGCUGAAGAUGUAAAGACGAAGAGAAUAAAAACGGAAGAGAACUCAGAAGUAGCGCAUUCGUCAACGUUAUCUCGUAAAACAACCGAAGUCACGUGUACUAAAGAUGUUAUUGAGAUUAUUGAAGUAAACGGAAACCGUUCACCAACACGUGACACUCAUGUGCCAGAUACAAAGAAACAUAAUAUAAAGUGUUCUAGUCCUGAACGGAAGGUUGUUAGCCCAGAACCUAAAUCUCAAGUACAUGAACUACAACAUCGAAGUCCAGAGAGAUCGCCUAGUCCGGUUAAGCGGCAAAAAUCUGAUAUCAAUAAAAAUGUAGGGAAAAAAGAAACUAUUAUUAAAACGGUUUAUGAUAUUGAGAAGAAAAUACCUCAAAAACAAAAGCAAGAGGAAAAACCGUCGUGGGUCACAAACAGAAACUUGAAAAAGGUCACAGCUGAAACACGAACAUUCAGUUCAAAGAAAAUUGAACCCGAAAAGCCCAAGUAUAGAGCUCAUAGUCCUUCUAAGGCAAUAUCCAAACCUAUAGAUGUGAUCACUUCAAGCUACGGCCCUGGCCCCGUGGACGCAGACGGUAGACCACUUUUUGGCAUUAAAGCUUUAAGGAAUGGAGCUUCAAAUUAUCAAGUGAAAGGCACAGUUAUUCGUCAAGAGUUCCAUUCGCGGAACGGAGGUGAACCAGAGGGUACUGUGUCGGUGACAGCGUAUUCCACGGAGCCCGAAGACUUGGAACGCCUGUUGCAAGCCCAAGGAGAGAAACCUUCUCGUCUUCACGGGUUGUCAGCUAUCACUACAACGAAGAAAUUUGGUGGUGACACUGGAACUACGUUGCGGGAAGCUCACAAUAAGGAGGACCGUGCCGUUCUCGACCAGUUUACACAUAGCGAUCGUAAAGUUACUGAAAACAAAAUCCUCACCAGUUCCAAUCACGACAGGAAACAAAAGAAUUACGGACAUACAGAGACAGUACAGAUUAUUGAAAUAGAUGAGGAAGAUAAAAUAAACAGAGUGGCCGGUGAAAACGAGACCUUUUACAAACAUGACACUAAAGAAUUGAAAAAAGAGGCAAGUGAAAAGGAACUUAAAUAUAAUAAGAGUCAAAAGGAGACCAGAGAGAAGAAACCGGACACGGAAAGUAACAAACGUGGACUGGAAAAGAUGGAACGAUCUGCAAGAGUGGAAAGACGAUCUGACGAAAAGAAGACAGUAAGACAGAACUCUGUGAAGUCGCUCACUGAAAAAUUUAUAAAAAAUGCCAGUGAGACUGCAAAGUGUGAACGAACUACGUAUCCGAAGGCCGGCCUCAUACUGCGAACCAGCACCGUGAAAGACUGUGCCUCCAGCGACUCUUCAACGCAUGCCGGCCUCACCCGUGGGGACAGCGAACACAGUCUGGACUCUAUGGACGAGGUGAUCACUACCACCAACACGGAAAAGGUGUCCACCGAGGACGGGAUGAGAACAACCACCACCACCACGACCACGAGGACCGGCUCCAGGACACAGGAGAGGUCCUUUCUGGACAGUUCAACCAAGGUCACCGGAGUACAGGACAUCCUGACGAGGAUGAAGAACGCUGACAUCGUGAUCGAAGACGGGGACACAUGCGAGGACACGGAGGCGCGAGCUCUCCUCAACAAGUUCCUCGGAGCCACCGUCCUGAUGGCCGGCAUGCAGAGUUACGUCACCGAGAAACCGUCGGGGAAGGUCAUAAUUAAACAGGAGACUGUUCAGAGUAGUGGCGGUAAGGUGACCAGCAGUCGACUCAACGAGGAGUUUGACAUCGAUCAGUGCUGGGACGAGCGUGUACUCAAGAAACUUUUGGAGGAGAGCACUGACUACGAACAGCGUCGCCGGCUUCGUGCCCGUAUUCGUACACUGAUGGCCGAACAGGAAGCAUGUGCAAGUGCGGUGACGGAAGCUUUGGCAGCCGCCGGCGAGUCCACGGAGACGGAGGAGCAAUCCGGUGAACGCGAGGAAGAGGAAGUGACGACCAUAACAACAUCAAGCGUUAGGAAAAACUCUUUCGAGAAAACUGUUAGCAGCACAACCACUAAAAAUUCCAAAGUUAUCGAGAGCAUGACCCGACCGGCGCCCAAACCCGUGUCGCCGUUCGCCAAGUUCCGUCAGCUCGAGAAACAAAACUCUACUAACUCCCCCAACUCGCCCAAGAGUCCGCAGAGCCCGGGCUCUCCGUCGCAGCCUUACUUCAAGUUCACGGACCCCGCGCUGCAAGCCAGCGCCGUCACUAUAAAAGAACGUUUGCUGCAGUGGUGUCGCGACAAGACCCGGGAUUACGAGAAUGUGAAGCUGGAGAACUUCUCUACGAGCUGGUCGGACGGGCUGGCUUUCUGCGCGCUGCUUCAUCACUUCCUGCCGGACGCCUUCGACUACUCCUCGCUCUCGGCCGACUCCCGCCGACACAACUUCACGCUCGCCUUCAAAAUUGCAGAUGAGAAGGCGGGCAUCUACCCUCUCCUGGACGUGGACGACAUGGUCGCCAUGCGGAAGCCGGACUGGAAGUGCGUCUUCACGUAUGUGCAGUCCAUCUACCGGCGGUUCAAGGACGAGCGCUGAUCGCCGUCGCUCGGAGACGGACCCCACACGACCCCACACCACCCUCACCAUACACCCGCGCGGUGUCCCGUGUCUCGACACCAUCCGAGCGUGUGUCGCGGUGUCGUGUCGGCCUCCGUGGCCGGGAGGUGGUAGCCGAAGGUCUUGGUCACAGAUGUCUGGUGAAUUGUCCAAAGAGCGCCUGUUGUUAUUGUUAGUUUGUGUUUAUGUUUCUAGAUGUUUAUCCGCGUCCGCUCAGCUCGUUUCUCCGAACGCUGUCUCGUAUACAGCCCUCCUAUUUAUUUAAUCUCAAGAUGUAUGUGAUUUUUUAUACUAGCGAGUAAGAUUGACUAACGAUUAAAUAUACGUCGUAGAGUAUAGUCCGAUAUUGUAUUUUUGUAUGGUUCGAUCGUCUAACACUAACGACACUGUACUGAGCGGGGAUCGCCUCCACUUAUUCGUCUACAUAAGCGAGUCGUAUGCCCGUGUCGCCCAGUGUACAGCCGAGCUCACUUCACUAUUAUGUAUCUAACCCUUUUAAAAUGUGACAUUUAACCGCUUCCAAUAAUUGUCCGCUGACUUUUAUGUAACCGAUAAUAUAAAAUAUUAAUUUAUAUGGAUAUAUUGCAAUAAAAAUAAUUAACAUUU